UCCGGAUUCUUUCUGCAGCCAGCUUCCAUCCCCACGAUCUUCAAUCGGCACGGGUUGAACAACAAGCAACCAUGGACUUUCUGACAAAACAUCUGGACUGCCUGUCCAACUGGCAGUUGAACCUGCAGCCUGGCUGGCAGACGGUGGGCGCCUCGGCUCUUCUCGCCGCUGGCAGCUUGUUCGUCGUCUCUCGGGCACUCGUUUUCGUCAGGGUCCUCCUGAGCUUGUUCGUGCUCCCUGGCAAGCCCCUCCGCUCCUUCGGCCCUAAGGGCAGCUGGGCCGUGGUCACAGGUGCCUCCGAUGGACUCGGCAAGGAAUUCGCUCUUCAGCUCGCCCGCGCUGACUUCAACAUCCUCCUCGUUUCCCGUACUGCCUCCAAGCUUGAUACCCUUUCCAGUGAAAUCACGACCAAGUUCCCCUCCGUGCAGACCAAGACCCUGGCGAUGGACUUCGCCCGCAACCAGGACAGCGACUACGAGAAGCUGAAGGAAUUGGUGGACGAAUUGGACGUGUCUGUCCUGGUCAACAACGUUGGAAAGAGUCACAGCAUCCCCACUCCCUUCGCUCUGACCCCCGAGGAUGAGAUGACUGAUAUCGUGACCAUCAACUGCCUGGGUACCUUGCGGGCCACCCAGCUGGUCGUUCCGGGUAUGAUGCAGCGCAAGCGCGGAUUGGUCUUGACUAUGGGCUCGUUCGGUGGACUUCUCCCCACUCCUCUUCUUGCUACCUACUCUGGCAGCAAGGCUUUCCUGCAGCAAUGGUCCACUUCCCUUGGUUCGGAGCUCGAGCCCUACGGAAUUACUGUCGAGUUGGUCCAGGCCUACCUUAUUACCUCUGCUAUGUCCAAGAUCCGCCGGACCAGUGCUACGAUCCCCGACCCCUGCUCAUUCGUGAAGUCGGUCCUGACUAAGAUUGGCCGCAACGGCGGAUCUCCCACGUACGCGUACAGCUCUUCCCCUUACUGGAGCCACGGAUUGAUGGCCUGGUUCUUGACCUGCGUCACUGGUACCAUGGGCAAGAUUGUCGUUAGCCAGAACAAGGGCAUGCACGAGUCUAUCCGGAAGCGUGCUCUGCGCAAGGCCGAGCGCGAGAAGGGCAAGAAGAGCACCUAAGGUGCUUGGCAGUCGCUUCUAGAUGAUGACUCACGUGCGUUUGUCGAUCAAACUGGGGUAAGGGGAGAGAUAAACAAAGGAAAAAGGGAGUAUGGAGAAGAACGAGCCGGUGGGGGGAGUGUCUGUGUGUGAGCUGAACCCUGAGCUGAAUCUGUAUCCACUGGGGACGUGUGGCGAACAGUCUCGGGGUUCGGUGAAAGGUGCAUGCAGUGAUGGAGCCAGAUCGAAGACCGUCUAGAUAGGAGCGGGCCGCAUCUUAUCUUCAGCGGAACAAGCGGCAGUGGCAGUGGCAGUGGCACAGGUCCGGAUGGACCUUACCUUUUACAAAGUACUCUACUAACCUACACGUGGUGUGUGGUGUCUGUCGACAGGGCCAAUCAAACCUCCGACCAGGGGGUUGUGGCUACGCAACCCAUGAUCGACAGCACCAAAGAUGAUAUGAUAUUACUAUGUUUAGCAGAAACAGAUAGCAUAAAGUACGGUUAAUCUAAUAAUGGAGAAAGGGAAGAUUUUCGCAGUUA